AUGGAGACGCCGCUGUUUCUAUUUCCUCAAUUUAACUACAUGGCCCCAAAGGAGGAAGCAUACUGCAGCAUGUUUGCUGUGGAGGACUCGCAGUCACGAGCGAUGAAGGACGACAGCAGCAGACAGAGAGACAAAGAGAGGAAGAGCCGACUAAGCCUUUUUCUCACCAAGUCGGGCUCCCAUGAAAACGUCAGUCCCCAUAAAAAGACAGACACGACGACGAGCAACAUCUCUCCAGAGGCAGCCCUGCAGUGGAGCGACUCGUUUGAAGAGCUGCUGAAACACGCGGAUGGGGUGGAAACCUUCUCUCAGUUCCUCAGGACGGAAUUCAGCGAGGAAAACAUCGAGUUCUGGUUGGCCUGCGAAGAAUACAGGACCAUCGAUUCAGAAGCCAAGCUGCUGUCCAAAGCCAAAUAUAUUUAUACUAUUUUUAUUGAAUCGGAGGCUCCUAAAGAGGUCAACAUCGACUACAACACAAAGAUGGCCAUCAAGAAAAACAUGGAGCACCCAACGCGGGGCUGCUUUGACGCAGCCCAGACGAAAGUCUUCAGCCUGAUGAAAAAGGACUCCUACCCGAGGUUCCUGCACUCUGACAUUUACAUGCGCAUCACUCGGAGGAAGGGCCCCGGAUCCACCAUGUUCCGCAGAAGGUCGCGCUCCUGCGUGUUUAACGAGCGCGGGGAAGCCAAAACCGAGCCCUCGGCUUGGUAAUAGCAAACGUUGCACAGCUGUCUGGAAUGGAUUCGCCAUCAUCCCGGCGGACCGACACUGAUUUGCAACACGACUGUUGAGACACGACGUGGUGUCUUAAUUUAGGCCCCACAGGUUCUGAUAUGUAGAGUGCAAUAUUUUUGUGUAACCACAGAUUUCACAAUGGAUAGCUUCUCAGACAGCACCACAGUGAAUUGACAUUAAUAGUCAUUCAAAUGUACAAUUUGGGAAAUAUUUUCUUCCAUUAGUUUCUAUCCUCGCUUCAGCUUGAUAAAUUUUAUCCUGUGGUUUUACCUUAGAAACUGCUAACAGAGAAGGACAGAAACUAUUACUAUUUUAAUUUACUUAUCUUUAUUUUCAUGACGGUUUUUGUUUCAUUUUUAAUAUCUGUCUCGGAAGUUGGAGCCUGGAUCUAUAUUAGUAAUCAUUUCUGAACCUUCCUGGGUUCCAGGUACGAUUUAUAAAAACCACUAUGGUUUGUUUCUUCAUGACCAUGCUAAUAGCAAUUAGCCUCCCAAGCUAAUGAUGACGGUAUUCCUCAGAGGUUUAUCCAUCCAAACACUGUAGCACCAUUUUUAACCAACCAGAGUAUGGACAAUGUUAUCAUUAGAAUUAAUUUAUUAACUUUAUGAAACAAGCGUGAGCAUAGCAUGGCUGCCAUAUUGGAUUUUCAGGCCAGAUUGUGUGAGAAAUGUCUGACCUUUCAAGAUGAAAUUCCAACUCUGCGAAGGAAGUCAUUUUUUUCUAAUAUUAAAGUUGGAAAUUAUAACUUAUACAAUUUCUGUCAAAUGAUUCAUCGCAGUAAUGAACUUUUUUGAAACCUGCCAUGCUUUUGGACGCUUGCUACCCAUUUGUUUCCUAGCAACUGUAUUUUCGUUAUUUUGUUUUGUUUCCCCACUGUGUUUUUCGCUAAGCUAGGGCUAACGUCACGCAGACGCGAGCAUGUUGACAAUGCUGUCGUUUUCACGCUCGCCUUGAAAACGAAAGGGCAUCAUUACCAGAAAUGGGGAUGUAUGCAUUCCGAUUAUUCACUUAGCACCCACAGCCCAAAUCCAUCCUGGGAGGUUAUUUAGCAGCAGUAACAUUUUCUGCUCCAUCGGCUAAAAUAUGCCGAGCCCAGAAAGGGGACUGCUCCGCUGGGCGCUUUGUGGAUGCGGCUGCCAUUGUGGUGCACUGAAUCACAGCAGCCUUCAGUGAGGAUUUUCUCUUAAGACUUUCUUAAACCUUCCCAAAGUUGAAGGAGAGUGGAAACGUUCGAGGAAGGGAUGCGGUUAAAGUGCUUGUUGAGGCACAUUCAACGCUUUGUCCCCCCUCUGCGCGGCCGCCGCUUCAGAUUCAAGCUGUUGCGCUUCAGUUUUCAUCAAAACUGAUGACUUGCGUCUCUUGCACUGUCGACACUCCCAUGUGAAAGACAAGCAGGUCAUAUUGACUGCAAAGCACCUCGCUGUCUUCUGAACAUCGGAUUAGAUCAUACAUGUCUGCUUGUCGUGAUCAGAUUCCCUUCUUCUCUGAAUACUAAUAUUAUGUCACAUUACGAUUGCUGUUUUUCAGUUGCCAUCUAAUAUAAUUUAUGUAUUACUUGAUCUCCUUUGGUAUUCAACUGCUGCAAAAUGUACAUACUGUAUGUGGAGAACAUCAAAUAAAAAUAAUGGA